AGAUAGGAGAAGUUCCUUCCUUUCCAGAACUUUGCAGAUGGGCAGAAGCAUAACAGAGACAGUCAGGCUGUUUCAAUUGCAACGAUUUUCUCAAGCUAAUAGGUGCAGGUGUCCAAAUGGGGAAUCCAAAACUUUGGGCCGGUUUCAUUGUUCUGCUGAAUCUGCAGCUUGGUUCUACCUACAAACUUGUUUGUUAUGUCACCAACUGGGCUCAGUAUAGGAAAGAACCGGCCAUGUUCACCCCAGAUAACAUAGAUCCAUUUCUGUGCACCCACUUGAUUUUUGCUUUUGCGGAUAUGGACAACAAUCAAAUUACAACUAGAGAAUGGAAUGAUGAAACACUUUACAGAAAACUCAAUGCCCUAAAGGAAAGAAAUAACAAUUUACUCACAUUGCUGGCUGUUGGAGGGGGAACAUUUAAUAACCAAAAAUUUACUACAAUGGUAUCAUCUUCAGCAAAUCGCCAGACAUUCAUCUCAUCAGUUAUACCUUUUCUCCGUGAGCGUGGAUUUGAUGGUCUGGAUCUGGAUUGGGAAUAUCCAGGGUCCAAAGGUAGCCCUCCAGAGGACAAACAUCUCUUUACCAUUUUGAUUCAGGAACUAUCAGCAGGCUUUAGGGAGGAGAGUGAACAAACUGGAAAGCCACGGCUCCUGCUUUCAGCAGCUGUAUCUGCAAGCAAAACAACCAUAGAUGCUGCAUAUGAAGUGCCUGCACUAGGGAAGAAUCUUGAUUUUAUCAAUGUGAUGACUUAUGAUUUCCAUGGAAGUUGGGCUUCAGUGACAGGACACAACAGCCCAUUGCAUCAAGGUUUAGUAGUCUACGAUCCAGUUCCCUUCUACAAUUGUGAGUAUGCAAUGAAGUACUGGAAUGAUAGUGGAGCACCAUCUGAAAAACUGAUGAUGGGGUAUCCAACUUAUGCACGUACUUUUAGACUUUCUAGUACAAACACUAAUGUUGGUGCUCCAGCCUCUGGUGGAGGCAGUCCUGGUGUCUACACUAAACAUUCUGGUAUCCUGGCAUAUUAUGAGGUUUGUGCAUUCUUACAAGGAGCUAGCAAAGCAUGGAUUAAAGAACAGAAGGUUCCAUAUGCUUUCAAAAAUGGAGAAUGGGUUGCAUAUGAUGAUGAAAAAAGUUUUCAGUUUAAAACUGAGUUUUUGAAGAGGAAAGAGUAUGGAGGAGCCAUGGUCUGGACUCUUGGUCUGGAUGACUUCUCUGGCAAUUUCUGUGGUCAAGGAAUCAACCCCCUUGUGAAUAAACUAAAGAGUGUUCUAAUGAACUGAGGUCUCUGCAAGAAGAAUGGAGAGCCUACCUCAUCCUCAUCUACAUAUAUCCCUGAAUUAUUUCUUGAUCAUAAAUACUUCGUAGGAUAUAACAUAGAGUGAUUUAUGUAACUAAAUAAGCAGUGUCAAAUUUUAAUAUUCAAAAUCCCAAAUUAUUGUUGAAAAUGUACUGUUGGGAAAAUAGUGGUAUCUUUCUAUAGCUACUUCUAAUAUCAAAUUUAUUUUCUGAAUUUUAUGAUAAUAUUAGCAAAAAUUAAAUGUGGUGCAUGCUUCGUUACCCAACCUGAAAGAAAUAAAAUAACAUUCAAUGGAAGACUAACAAGUCGUCUAUUUUUUCCUGUUCAGGUAAUGUAUUUCUUUGAAAAAAAUAUUAAUAAAUCAAUGACUCAAUCAGUUGCUAAGUUUCUUUUACUGUAAUAUGUUUGCAGAUGUUUGGUUAUUAACAGUAAAUUACCAAUUACUUCAAUAAGUGGAUGACUGGAUAGAGAGAGGCAGGAUUUAUGCUGUAAAGAUGUUUUCCUAGUGUGGUAUAUUUUACAAAAUUUGAACCAAAGUAUCCUUGAUGAAUGGGCAAGGGUUAUGAGAAUUACAUAAUCAAUAUCUAAAACACACUAGAAUGGGAAGGCUACUGUAGGAUUGAAACUGAAAUUUGGCAAUCUAUAAAUUAUUUCUAUUUUGUACAAGUGGUUUUGUAUACCUUCUAAUCUAAAGCUGCUGGUUUACAAGACACACAAUGGAUUCCAUAAGGCUUUAUAUGAAACUUCUAAAUGAAAUCUAAUUUUUUGAGAAAUCAAGCAUAAGAGGAACUUAAAGAAAACUUUUUAUACAAUGGUGUGCAGAAAAGUACUUAGGUAUCCUGCUACAUCAGCAGAGCAAUUGUCUGCUAUGACAGUUUGGUAUAUUAUCUCAUAAAACUGACUAGAAAUUGUAAUACGUUUUAUUUUAUUACUCAUGUGUUUUCUCUCAUACUGCAGAGUACAGAAGGUAAAAGUUUGCAUGGUACAAAUCUAGUUCCUAACUAUAAAAGCUACAGCUCAAUUCAGGUUGAGUGAAAAGCAUCCUACAAGAAUUUAGCAUAGAAGUCUUUCCUCAAAUGGGAAAUCUCUGUUUCUUGUUCAGUAUUAAUUAAGUUUGUUUUCUCUGCAGCA